AUGCUACCGAUUAUAGCACUGUUAUUAUUCCAACAAUCGGCACCGACGUUCGCAUGUUUUGGAGGUUUUGGAGGUGGUGGAGGAUGUUGUGCACCAUUAACACCAUCCUGUGUAAAUCCAUGCCCAGUUGGUGGAGUGCCGUAUCCAGCUUCUGCUCCUCUAGUUGGUCCUGCUCCAGCACCACUUCCGGCCGCGGCUCCUAUGGCGGCUCCUGCUCCACCACCACUUCCUGCCGUGGCUCCUAUGGCGGCUCCUGCUCCAGCACCAUACGCUGCGCCGGCGCCAAUUCCAUCCCUAUCAUCUGGGCCUCAGAUAAUUCGAGCUCCAGUGAUAAUUGCGUCCCCAGCAGGUGUAGGAACUGCCGGAGUCAGUGGCGGUGUGGCUGAGGGUAUGGCUCCGCCACCACCUCCUCCUCCACGUCCUCCACCACCUCCGCCACCACCUCCGCCACCACCUCCGCCGCCACCUCCGCCACCACCUCCGCCGCCGCCUUCGGGCGUUACCUAUGGUGGAGGCUUGGGGCCCGCACCAUUGCCACCUUUUGUGCCUUCAAAGACGAGCUAUACCGGAGGUUUUGCACCACCACGGCUACCACUUUGCAGCGAGGUGGACAUGUCACAACAAGGAACCGUCGUUGGUGUCGACUGUGAAAAUCUAGGACCGAGUAUGAUUCCAUAUCCAAUUCCACAAAAACCUCUGCAACAGUACGUUCCCCAGAAGACUCCAAUAAAGAAGCCGUCAAGCCAUGUACCAAAACCAAUCUUUCAUUUGCACCCUUCGUCAAAGAAGCCCACACCGACGCCACAAAAACUAGAAACAAAAUUAACCACAUUGAAACCAUCUGUGGAAGAACAGAUCGAUGAAGUAUUAGAAAUACAGGAUUUGGAAGAAGAAACGACGAUACGUGCAACUUUGCGGACAACACAAACAACACAAUCACCACGCACACAGGUCUUCUUCACUAUCACUACAUCUACAACCACCACCACUGAAGCGCCACGAACUGAGGUCACAAUCUUACCAGUGGUACCUGUUAAUGAGCAAGGAGAUUACGAUGACUACUCGGAACAGGAACAACCGACGGAAACCACGCAAGAAGACCAUGUCGUGGAAGUUCAAAUCCCAGUCCAAACCACAACCACACCGUUCACCACCACCACAUUUCGUGAAGUGAUUGUAACUGAGCGAACAACAACGGAACCGACAACAACAUCUACCGUAUUUACAAAACCCGCAGUUAUACUCGACUUUGAGGGGAUCACCGGUGAGGAAAGCACGCAAACAAUCACCUAUCGACCGGUAACAGUUCCGAUACCAGGCGAGGAACCAACUGAGACAACAGAAAUGGCUAAUGAAAACGAAGAGGACGAGUCGAUGUUCGAGGAGGAUACCGAAGCCACAGACGCUCUAGUACCAGCUGAGACAUUCGUGGCAACGACAACAGAAGCACCUGUAACACCAACCGUUACUCAGGCAGCUACAACGACUGCUUUCACGAACAGAAUCAUUCAGUCUAACCAAGUGGUCCCCCAGGUAACUCCACCACCACCUCCACCGCCUCCACCACCUCCUCCACCUCCUCCACCUCCACCACCUCCUCCACCACCUCCACCUCCACCGCCUCCACCUCCACCCCCUCCGCCACCUCCGCCACCACCACCUCCACCACCGCCUCCACCUCGACCUACACCUCUACCUCCACCACCACCACCACCGCCACCUCCACCACCACCACCACAAACAUCACCACCUGUUUUCCCAAACAGAAUCAUUCAAUCUAACGCAGUGGUCUCGCAGAUAACUCCAACACCGGCAACACCAUCAUCAGCUAUUCUGGAAAAUAGAGUAAUUGAAAGUAAUACUGCGAUUCCACAGGCAAUUUUGAUACCAGCUCAGCCUAUAUCCGUUUUCCAGCAGUCAGGUCAUGGUGUGGUGGGAGUCGCGCCGCAGACGAUCUUUGCAAGCCCUGCACCUCAUCGAAUCGUACAAGCCAAUCUUAUCCCAAGUGUUGCAGAGGUCAUUCCUCAGACGUUCGUAGCUACUGCUCAACCAGCCCAACUGAUUCAUGUUCAGACAUUGGGACAGGUUGGAGGACCAUCACCUCGGAUCUUGACAGCGACCGCCAGACCCGUUGAAAUUAUUCGUACUCAGGCCACAGGCCAAAAUAUUGCAGGUAUCGCACCCCAGGCAGUUGUGCUCACUUCGCCGAACCAACUGAUACGAGUCCAAACAGUGGGUGAGAAUGUAGUUGGUCCUCAGACAUUCGUAGAAAAUAUGAAACAAGGCCAAGUGGUUGAAACGAAGAUAGUGACAGGGAAUACGGUAGAGAUUGCUCCACAGACACCGGAGCCCAAUGGUGCCUCUGAAGAGCUGGAGGAAACAAAUCGUGAAGAUAUUCCCGUCGUAUCUUCGGCUCGAAUACAGCAAACUCUACGUGUAAAUGGGACAAACAAGGUUGCUAACCAUAAAACAACGACUAUCCGUGUACCUCCUUCUACUAAUCAGGAGAAACACGAGGAUAAUGGUUUUGACUACGGAGAAUCCCCGCACGAUCUUACAGAAGCGGCUAUCCUCGGUGACGAACGUUACACUGCGAUCGUACCCGAACAGGGAACUACAAAAGCAGUACCUAGUGCCAAUUUUGGCUACUCUGGUAAGAAGGUAUCUGGAGUGUUGCAGCAGAUCCGCAGCGCAGCAGUUGCUUUAGUGGAUGGGUUGGGACGCGGCUACGGCCGGCACUAA